GAAAAUCCUGGAUUUCUGUGUGUGUUGUGUGUGUAUCUCUCUCUCUCUCUCUCUCUCUCUCUCUGUGUAAUUGUGUGGGAUUGGAUUUUCCUUUUUGCUUCCUUGAAAAAGGGGGUUGGAAAGAAGAAAGGAGGAGGGAAAGCAAAGCUGCCCAAAAGAAGAAAAACAGAGAGGUGAAAGAAUGAGUACAACCUUACCUUUGAGGCUGUUGUUGCCUCUGACAACUACCACCACUUCUUUCUCUUUCUCUUGCUCUUCCUCUUCCUCGUCUUCUUCUUCUUCUUCUUCGCCAGACUUUCCUUGCAAAUCCCUGAAAGCCGUCCAUUCUGCAAGCCCCAAUUUCAGUCUCUACUCUCCCUCUUCCCCUUCAUCUUCAUCAUUUCCUCUUCCUCACCACAGAUGUAUCCGAAAACACAGGCGCUCUCUCUCCAGACCAACGUGGCUUUGUGGACAUGUGAGAAGAGAGCAAGACAUGGAUAAUUGGAAAUAUGAAGAGGAGAAUGUUGUUCGCAUGUUUGGUUCAGAUGAUGAGGUUGGCACUCAAAUUCCAACGCAAGCCCAAUCUAUUGUAGAAGGAUCAGGGACAGUUCUGAUAUCAGAGUUUAAACCUGUUCAAGACGUAGAUUAUCUACAGGAAUUAUUGGCUAUUCAACAGCAAGGACCAAGAGCUAUUGGCUUUUUUGGGACACGGAAUAUGGGUUUCAUGCAUCAAGAACUUAUUGAGAUUCUUAGCUAUGCUAUGGUUAUAACUAAAAAUCACAUUUUUACAUCAGGAGCAUCUGGAACUAAUGCAGCUGUUAUCAGAGGUGCUUUAAGAGCUGAGAAACCAGAGCUGCUUACAGUGAUUUUGCCUCAAAGUUUGAAAAAGCAAUCUCCUGAGAGCCAGGAGUUAUUGUCAAAAGUGAAGAAUGUUAUAGAAAAGCCUCACAAUGAUCAUCUACCUCUGCUAGAAGCCAGCAGGCUCUGCAAUAUGGAUAUCAUAUCACAUGUACAACAAGUCAUUUGCUUCGCAUUCCAUGAUAGUAGGUUGCUUAUGGAAACUUGUCAAGAGGCGAAAAAUAUGCGGAAGAUUGUGACUCUCUUCUACUUGGACUAGAGCAAAUGGUUCAUUUGUCUAUACAUUGUUUGCGAAAGAGAAGUUUCGUCUUUUUGUUUUGUAAACUAGGAGAUGGAAUGAGACACAUCAUUGUUUUUCUUUGUAGAUUAUAACACUGAGAAAGGGGGGCCAAUUUUCCCUGUUUUCUUUUGAAGGAAAGAGGUUAUUUGUUAUUGGUUUUCUUAUAAAUAGGAAACAAAUUAUUACUAAUGUACCAAAUCCAAAUGAAUGUUCAUGCAUGUUGAAUACAUGCAAUACAUUUAAUUUGUUCA